AUGUCUACUAUGCCUGCUUCCCACGGCCAUUCCGAGGCCUGCUGUAACAUCCCGCCCGUUGUUUCCAAGGGCUACGACGCGAAAGGCACCUAUGAGGAGCUCGGCGGAUUCAAGACCUGGCCCAAGGAAGCUACCAAGGGCAUUCUCACCAUCUUCGAUAUUUUCGGCUACUAUCCUCAAACCCUGCAGGGCGCGGACAUCCUUAGCACCUCAGAUUCGAAGCAGAAGUACAGGGUGUUCAUACCGGACUGGUUCAAUGGCGAGCCAUGCCCCAUGGAGAUCUUUCCCCCUGACACCGAGGAGAAGCAGAAGAAGCUUGGCGCCUUCUUCCAGAAGAAUUCUCCUCCCAGCGUGGCAGAGAAGGUCCCCGGGUACAUCAAGGAUGUCACUUCCAAGUACCCCGAGAUCAAGGAGUGGGCCAUCGUUGGCUUUUGCUGGGGCGGCAAGGUAGUCUCGCUCGUGACUUCGUCCUCGGACACCAUAUUCAAGGCCGGCAUCGAGGCUCACCCUGCGAUGGUGGCGCCCGAGGAUGCCAAGAACAUCAAGAUCCCACUUGCCCUGCUGGCCUCGAAGGAUGAGCCGGCUGACGACGUCAAGAAGUUCGAAGAUAACUUGACGGGACCCAAGCAUGUCGAGAUCUUCGGGGAUCAAAUCCACGGAUGGAUGGCUGCUCGCUCUGAUCUGGAGGACCCGCGGGUGAAGGAGGAGUAUAUCCGUGGCUACGAGACGGCACUCAAAUUCCUGUCCAAGCACCUAUAA